CAAUGAUUUGGUCAUUAAAAUAUAAUCAAAAGAUAUUCCGUGCAAAGAUUACCUAUGUAUAAUUCCUCUGAUUAAAUUAUUAUAAGAAUAUAGGAUAGAGAAAAUUCAAAUAAAGACCCACGCCAGAAGCAAAGUUAUUAAUUAGGACAUAGUAAAAUCGGCACUGUCUUAGACCCUAUAUUUCAAAUUAAUUAUUAAUAAGUUUUAAGUUUAAUUUAUAAAUAAAGCUAAAUUCAGAAGUCAAGAAUAAAAUGAGAGCAUUUUUGGCAGAAGAUAAUAUUUGUGCCCAAAAUUUACUCAAAUUAGUGUCUCACGGAAAUGCUAUUUUAGCUGAAAUAUUAAGACUUAAAGAUCACAUACCAAAGGUUUUUCUAUUUGACACUAAGGAAAUUCAGCAGCAAUAUCAGGAUGUCAUCAUGGACUUCAGUUACUUUAAGAUCUCUGAAGCACAGGAAAAAAAAAUUAAUGUUAAUAAUAAACUACAAGACUUGGAUGAUGAUCUUAAAGAAAAAUAUUUAGAAUUAAUCACUCGCUUUUAUCUACUUUUCGAUAAUAUCUACCAGUACAUUAUUGAUCUUAAUACUUUUGUAGAACAAUUACAUGAUGGAGCUUUUAUUCAACAAACCAUUGAGACAGUAAUGAGAGACAUAGAAGGAAAACAACUUUUGUGCGAGUCCUUAUAUCUGUAUGGAGCUAUGCUCCUUUUAUGUGACCUAUAUAUUAAUGGAUGUGUGCGGGAAAGGUUAUUAGUUGCAUUUUAUCGCUACAGUACAAAUCAAUCACAAUCUAAUAUUGAUGAUGUUUGUAAAUUAUUGAGGGAAACUGGCUAUAAUCAAAAUCAGUCCCGAAGACCAUCUGACUAUCCAGUUGAAUAUUUUAGCCGUGUUCCAAUUAAUCAUGAUUUUAUUGAGAAAGUUGUUGGUAAAUUAAGAUCUGAAGAUAUAUAUAACCAGCUUGCUGUGUAUACUAUUCCGGAGCAUCAAUCUUCCGCUCUUGCCACACAAGCCAGUAUGCUUGUAGUAUGCUUAUUUUUCACACCACAUUAUUUACACAAUGAUACUACGAAGAUGAGAGAAAUUGUUGAUAAAUUUUUCCCCUGCAAUUGGAUCACGCCAAUUUAUAUGGGUGUCACCAUGAACAUAAUUGAUUAUUGGGAAAACUUUAAGGCAGCCAAGAAUUCACUAAAUAAUACCUGUAAUGCAAAAAUUGUUAAAGAAAUAUAUUCGAAAAGAGGUGAUGCAGUCCACUUGCUUAUUAAUAAAACUCAUCUUUUAUUAAAAGAGGGUACAUUAAGUGAUGAUUUUGUUCUAGACAAUAUAGGUAAAAUUAUUAAUGUUAUUUUAAAUUGUAAUCACGUCUUGCGCUGGUUGCUACUACAUAAUAGCGAUGUUAUAUAUUUUGAUAAUAAUAAAAAGAGCAAAUUGCUAAAAGAUGUGGUUAUAAAGGAAUCAAAUUAUGAUCCAUUGAAACUACUGGAAUUACUUAUAAGUACAGCAGAGCUGGAAUUAAAGAUUAGAGAGGCUCUGAAAAAUGUACUAGCAUCGAGAAGUGAAAAUUGGAACAAAAAUAAAAGUCUGGCUUUAGAAGCGAUAACUAAUUUAUCGCAGUUAUUUUCUGGAGCUAAUCCUUAUACAAAAGUUACUGAAAAUGAACAACUGAAAAUUUGGUUCGAAAAAAUUGCAAAACAGAUUUCAUCUUUAAAUGAACCCAUCACAUCCAAAACUGUGAAAAGUGUAACCCAACUCAUACAAGUUCUAGAUAAUGUUGAAGAAUUUCACGGUAUAAAGAGCACUUCGACUGUUGUUCAAUUUCUUUCUGAAAGCAAAGAAGCGUUAAAAAAUGUCUUAAGAGCAGCCUCUUUGAAAGAAGAUGCUCUAGUUACAUUGGAAACUGUAGCAGAUUUUAGUUAUGCUUGGUGUACAAUUGACUUAUAUACGAAAUAUAUGCAAGACAGCAUCAAAGAGAAUCCCUCAGUUACGAGUCGACUUCGAGCGCUAUUCCUUAAAUUGGCAAGUGCUAUGGAAAUACCAUUAUUGCGAAUAAAUCAAGCACAAAGCGACGACUUAAUAUCCGUAUCACAAUAUUACAGCAGUGAGCUAAUAAAAUAUAUCCAAAAAGUGUUACAAAUCAUUCCUGAAAUGGUUUUCAACAUUGUCGAGAAAAUAAUUGAUUUGCAAACUUGGACAAUUAAGGAAGUGCCGACAAGAAUAGAAAAGGAAAAAUUAAGGGAAUAUGCACAAUUAGACCACAGAAUGGAGGUCGCUAAACUAACUCAUUCAGCAUCAACAUUCACAACCGGAAUUCUAGAUAUGAGAUCCACGUUAGUUGGCGUUAUAAGAGUAGAUCCAGCACAGUUAUUAGAAGAAGGAUUGUUGAAAGAAUUAGAUGGGCACAUCACCAAAAAAAUCUUUGAAUUUGUCGAGCCACAAGUAAAAAAAAGUAAUAACUUAGUUUCUAGACUUCAAAAGUUAGAAGAAAGCAUGGACGGUUACAAGAGAUCCCUUGAGUAUAUUCAAGAUUACAUUAAUAUUCAUGGUCUGAGAAUUUGGCAAAAACAGGUGUCCGCUAUUAUAAAUCAAAGUGUAGGAAAGGAAAUAAGCAUUCGAAAAGGAGUUACACUAUAUGGACCAUCAGCUGGCUUCAUGGGAAGCCUCGCCCGUCAAAUAGCACAAUUAGCAGAUGCAAGAGUUUGCGUUUAUAUAAAUAUUUGCGCCGCCUGGUUCGACGUCAAGAACCAUAGCGAGGUGAUAAACACGAAAACCUUCACACAACUAAAUAAUGCUAUUGGAGUAGUUGGAUUGCAUGGAUUAGAUAUUUUAUACGGAUAUAUGAUUAAGAAUCAGUUACAAAAUGUUCAAAGUAUAUUCAGGAGUUCUAAUGACAAACUUUCAAUGAGCAACUUUGAUAUGAAGGACCUGGAUCAAAUGAUCACAAAGGGACAUAAAAUAUAUCAGCAGCUGUCUGAUAUCAUAAUUCUCAUAGGAACACUACAGCUGCUCAGGAAACACAUCGCUUUUCAGUUAAACACCAGCUGUAAAUUUGACUCUGCACAUUUGGAAGCCUCCUUGCGGACUAUAAAUGAGUCACUGUUAAAUGAGAUCAAAAAUAAUAGUAAAAUCGAUUCGCAAACAAUGCCAGUAGCGCUUAUGCGAAAUGUAGAACAAUAUUUAAUUCGGUGUGGGAUAAACGAGCCUUUUGAGAAAAUAUACGUGAAAAAUGCUCACGAGCUCGUUAACUCGGACAUGGGGCGUAUAAUGGCGAUUGUUUUGAUUGCACAAUUGCAUAAAUUACAAUUAUGUUUAAACACAGGAGAUUUAAUCACAAAAAAAUCUGGAGAAAAUAUAGACGGUUAUCCACUUUUGGUGGGAAUUUAUACUUUAUUACGCCAAUCCAAGACAGAAAAUGUUGAAAUUUUUAUUGAUUUCCUGUGUAAAACAGCUAAGACUACGACUAUUUUAAAGUUGAAAUCUGGGGAACCUAUAACGGAUGGAUUUCUUAUUGUAAGAAUAUUACAAUUAUUUUGCGAAACAUUUAAUUACUCCUUUGAUAAAUUGGAAGAUAAGCUACCAAUGGUUUUGUUGACUCACGCCCCACCAAAAUGAAGGAUGAAUGAAAACCGAACUUGGAACAAUUGUUGAUUAUUCAAAUUAAAGAUGUAUAUAUUUGUUUUAUUGGUUAUACAGAGAUAUGAUGAAAUAAAAAUAAUAUAUAAAUAAAAUACAAUUUAUAGUA